AUGAAGGCUGCUACUUCAAAUUCAUCAAGCAUGGGCGUAGUUACAAGGAGUAUGGCUAAGAAACUGCAGACAUCCUCCGAGACUAGCUCAACGCCCCAAGUCAUCGAAGAAGGCUCGUCACCUCUCGUCAACAUAGGUGGAGGCGUGGAAGGAUCUAGAGGAGAAGCUUCAUCAUCCACGUCCCUUUCAGCAUCAAACUACUCUGAAGUGGCUCCCGUCAUGACGACACAUGCUACGACCAUGGAGGAGCAAAUGGCGAUCUUGACAAAGGCCAUUGAAGGGUUAACAAAGCACAUUCAAGAACAAGACUCCCAAAUCGCGAUGUUGCGGGACAAGGUUGACGGUAGUCACGACAUGGGAAAACAAGGCGAAAAUCACACCGAAGCUGAAACUUCUGCAAGGCGAUAUCCAAUCGAAAGGGAGAAGAGCCCGGCUGAAGAAUUCCAGGUUUCGUCAGAGGGGUUGAUUCCUAUAGACCAAUUGAAGGAGUUCAUCAUGGGGACUAUCAAAGACAAAUUCAAUGAGGGUUCAAAAUCGUCAUCAACAUAUACCAAGCCAUACACUCUAAGAGUAGACGACUUGAAGAUGCCAAUUGGUUACCAACCCCCGAAAUUUCAGCAAUUUGAUGGCAAGGGUAACCCAAAACAGCAUGUGGCACAUUUUGUUGAAACUUGUAACAACGCCGGGACUUUCGGAGACUAUCUCGUUAAACAAUUCGUCCGAUCGUUGAAGGGGAAUGCUUUCGAUUGGUAUACGGACCUAGAACCGAACUCAAUUGACAGUUGGAGUCAGAUGGAACAAGAAUUUUUGAAUCGCUUCUACAGCACCCGAAGAACAGUGAGCAUGAUCGAGCUCACAAACUCUCGCCAGUGGAAAGAAGAGGCCGUCAUUGACUAUAUUAACCGCUGGAGGAAUUUAAGCCUGAAUUGCAAGGACCGAUUGUCAGAGGCUUCAGCUAUCGAGAUGUGCAUUCAAGGAAUGCAAUGGGGACUCAGAUAUAUCCUGCAAGGGAUUCAACCUAAGAGUUUUGAAGAGUUGGCCACUAGAGCGCACGAUAUGGAGUUGAGCAUUAUGGCUAGUGGAGUUGAGGGACCACCAGUUCAAGAGCCUCGACAGUCUAAAGAAAAACAGGACUUUCGGAAGGCGGGUAGAGUUUUCUCUAAGACCUCAAGCAAAGAAUCUUUGGCAGUGAAUGCGACCCCUAUCAAAUUUCAAGGAAAAGUGAACGGAAACAAUGAGGAAAAACAAGAUUUUUCCCAAGAAAGAAGAAGACUUACUCUAAAAGAAAUGCAAGCAAGGGAAUAUCCAUUCCUCGACACUGAUGUGGCUGGAAUAUUUGACGAUUUGCUAAGUUUAAAACUUAUCGAAUUGCCUGAAAUGAAGCGCCCCGAAGAAGCUAACAAAACCGAUGACCCAAAAUACUGCAAGUAUCAUCGGUUGGUCGGGCACCCAAUUCAUGAUUGCUUCGUAUUCAAAGACAAAAUUAUGCAGCUAACUCGCCAAGGAAAGAUAUCACUUGAAGAGAUCAGCGCCAAUACAAAUUUUAUCGUCAACAGUUUUGAGUCCCUUGACAUGACGACAACAAACGUACACAGAGAAGAUGAUGAUUGUAUCAACAUCUCAUGCAACGCGAUAAUUGAAAAGGAGAUCGCUGCUAGUGGAACAACUCCAUCUUCAAAUGAAGUUUGUACCGUGAUUGGUAAAUGCAUGUCAACAAUGACUUUCGCUGAUGAAGAUUUGCUUCUUGGUUCCAAACCACACAAUAGGCCAUUGUUUGUUGCCGGCUACGCUCGUGAGCAGAAGGUGAAUAGAAUUUUAAUCGAUGGAGGUUCUGCAGUCAAUAUUUUGCCGUUGCACACUUUAAAGGAAUUGGGGAUCUCCACGGAGGAGCUCAAAACUAGUCGCUUGAUGAUCCAAGGAUUUAAUCAAGAAGGACAAAGGGCCCUUGGUAUCAUAAGGAUAGAGUUGUUAAUGGAUGAUAUGUUGUCCACCGCACUGUUCCAUGUCAUUGAUGCAAGAACCUCAUAUCGCAUGCUUCUCGGGCGACCUUGGAUACAUGAGAAUAGUGUGGUUCCUUCUUCUUGGCACCAAUGCUUCAAGUAUUGUCGAGACGGAGUAGUUAAAAUGAUACUCGCCGAUGAUAAACCGUUCACAGAGGCAGAAGCUCACUUUGCCGAUGCUAAGUACUAUCUUGAUGAUGAGAAGACGGUGAAAGCCAAAGAAAUUCUACCGGUCGAAGAACCAAAGCAAAGAAAUAAUCAAGACAAGGAUCCUUUAGCGUGUGAGGCUUUGAAAGAUUUGAUGUUUCCCCUAACACCAAUUGACGAGAAGCGAUCAACUUCUCAACCACCUAAAGGAUUUGUUCAUCCCACAGAAGAAACCCAGGAGGAAUGCGAAGAAUUCUCCGAGUCCCAAAUGACAAAAUGCUUUGGCCCGAAUGCUUAUAAACUCUUAGUGAAAGCUGGUUUCAACCCACAUGAAGAUUCUACGCUUGGAAGGCUUCCUGCCGAAGUUGUUGGCGAAAAGGUGCAUGGCCUCAAUACUACUCAAAUAAUGUUGAAAGAAAAAGGACAUGCUAUUCAAAGUCCUCGAGUUGGUCUUGGAUUUGUUCCUCAAAAGCCAAUUCGUAUUGCUAUCAAUAGAGCUACCAGUAAUUACAUAAUCGAAGACGAAUUCUCAUCAACAGACGAUUUUCUUGAAAGUGGGACAAAAGUGAGAAGGACAUCCGUCUUUGAUAGGCUUACACCAUCUGUCUUCGAUAGACUUGCGCCAUCCGUCUUUGAUAGACUUGGACCACUUAGAGAGUGGGGGCAUAAGAAAGGCGACAAACAAGGGUUUGAUAGACUUACGCCAUCCGUUUUUGAUAGGCUUGGACCACUUAGAAAGUGGGGGCAUAACAGAAGCAACAAGCAAGAGUUGGGUGUCUCUAAUACUAAAAUCACCAAAACACGAAGGAUUCGAAGUUCGAUUCCAUCUCGCAUGAAACGGCGUACUUAUUUGACCAUAUCAUGUGGUGAAGAGUUGAAGGCUAAAAUACGAACCGUCGUCUUUACGAAAGUCCAAGACGACGAGGAAGACGACAGAGAAAGUGUGGCAUCAUCGUAUCAUAUCACUUUAAGUGAGAUAGACUUGAUUGAGGAAGAAGACGCUGAAACUGCUCCACCCGAGCUUGAAGAAGGAGUCAAAGCCACCAUCGAUGAAUUAAAGGAAAUUAAUUUAGGAGAUGCGGAGAAUCCUCGACCAAUCUACAUUAGCGCUUUACUGGCCGUCAACGAAGAGGAGACUUAUAUUGAAUUGUUGCACGAGUUCAAGGAUGUGUUUGCAUGGUCUUAUAAAGAAAUGCCCGGAUUGGACCCAAAAGUGGCAAUACAUCAUCUCUCCGUGAAGAAAGGAGCUCGCCCUGUAAAGCAAGGCCAACGUAGAUUUAGACCCGAAUUAGUCCCUGCAAUUGAGGCUGAAGUGAAUAAACUUAUUGAUGUUGGUUUCAUUCGAGAAGUCAAGUACCCAACAUGGAUUUCAAGUAUUGUCCCUGUCAGAAAGAAGAAUGGACAAAUUCGUGUAUGUGUUGACUUUAGAGAUUUGAACGAAGCAUGCCCUAAGGACGACUUUCCAAUGCCAAUAGCCGAACUAAUGAUUGAUGCUACUACGGGCCACGAAGCAUUAUCAUUUAUGGAUGGGUCAUCAGGAUACAAUCAAAUACGAAUGGCGCCGAGAGACGAAGAAUUAACAGCCUUUCGCACUCCUAAGGGCAUCUAUUGCUAUAAAGUGAUGCCAUUUGGCUUGAAAAAUGCCGGUGCUACAUACCAAAGAGCCAUGCAGAAGAUAUUUGAUGACAUGCUCCAUAAAGAUGUUGAAUGUUUGAGAAAAGUCUUCGAGCGCUUGAGAAGGUACCAAUUGAAGAUGAAUCCAUUGAAAUGUGCAUUUGGUGUUACUUCGGGGAAGUUUCUUGGAUUCGUAGUUCGUCACCGAGGCAUAGAAAUCGAACAAGCCAAGAUUGAUGCAAUUUUAAAGAUUCGCGAGCCUAGGAACAUUCAUGAGCUCAAAAGUUUGCAAGGAAAGUUGGCAUACCUAAGAAGGUUCAUUUCAAACUUAGCCGGUCGAUGUCAACCAUUCAGCCGACUCAUGAAGAAAAAUGUUCCCUUUGAAUGGGAUGAAGCUUGCACUAGUGCCUUUGAAAGUAUAAAAUCGUAUUUAACGAAGCCUCCUGUGUUGAUUGCACCAGUGCCCGGACGAUCGUUAAUACUCUAUAUUGCUGCUCAAGAACGAUCUGUCGGAGCUUUACUAGCCCAGGAGAAUGAUGAUGGAAAAGAGAGUGCCUUAUACUACUUGAGUAGAACAAUGACACCAAAUGAAUUGAACUAUUCGCCAAUCGAAAAGACAUGCUUAGCACUCAUUUUUGCAAUUCAAAAGUUGAAGCACUAUUUUCAAGCGCAUGUUGUCCGUCUAAUCUCAAGGAUGAAUCCUCUAAAGUAUGUCAUGUCAAAACCCGUCCUAUCCGACAGACUUGCAAGGUGGUACCUGCAAUUGCAGCAGUUUGACAUAACAUAUAUUCCACAAAAGGCUGUGAAAGGACAAGUUCUAGCCGAUUUCUUGGCGGAUCACCCUAUCCCUGCAGAGUGGGAGUUAUGCGAUGAUCUACCCGAUGAAGAUGUUCUUGUGAUUGAAGCUAGUCCUCCUUGGAAGAUGUAUUUUGAUGGAGCUUCUCACAGAGAAGGAGCGGGCGCCGGAGUAGUAUUCGUCACAUCCAACGGCGAAGUGUUGCCUCACUCUUUUACCUUAACACAAAAUUGCUCCAACAAUGUUGCUGAAUAUCAAGCUCUUAUCCUUGGGCUAGAAAUGGCAGUUGAUAUAAAGCAACUAAAUUUGGAGGUAUAUGGAGACUCCAAGUUGGUGAUCAAUCAGAUACUCGGAUCAUACGAAGUAAAGAAGCUCGAUUUACUCCCUUAUGUGGAUUAUGCUAAAAGACUUAUCGGAUACCUUGGUGAUGUGAUGAUAGAGCAUGUGCCAAGAAAGGAUAACAAACAAGCAGAUGCAUUGGCAAAACUUGCUUCUACUUUAGCCAUGCCCGAAGACGGAGCUCGUAUAUCAAUUUUCAAGAGGUGGGUCGUACCACCAAUUUUUGAACACGAAGAAAUUGAAGAAGACGAAACUCGAGUGGUUUACGUGUUUGAAAUCGAGAAAGAAGAUUGGCGUCAAUCGUUUGUGGAUUACUUGAAGUACGAAAAGUUGCCUAAUGAUCCACGUCAAAGGGUUGAUAUUCGACGUCGUGCGGCUCGUUUCAUCUACUAUAAAGAUACACUUUAUAGACGUUCAUUUGAUGGAGUCUUCUUGAGAUGUUUAGGUGAUGACGAAGCCGUUCAAGCCAUAGAAGAAGCUCAUUCCGGAGUUUGCGGCGCCCAUCAGUCAGGACCCAAGCUACAUUUCCGAAUAAAAAGAAUGGGCUAUUAUUGGCCAUCUAUGGUGAAGGACUGCAUGGAGUAUGCCCAAAAAUGCCAACCUUGUCAAUUUCAUGCAAACUUUAUUCAUCAACCGCCGGAGCCAUUGCACCCUACUGUUGCCUCAUGGCCCUUUGAUGCUUGGGGUUUGGAUGUGGUUGGACCUAUGACAAAGUCUUCAGCUGGACAUCUCUAUAUCUUGGCAGCAACAGACUACUUUUCCAAAUGGGCUGAAGCAGUGCCUCUUCGAGAAGUAAAGAAGGAGAACGUUGCUGAUUUCAUCCGCAUCAACAUCAUCUACCGUUACGGAGUUCCUCGAUAUGUGAUCACAGACAACGGAAAGCCAUUUUGCAACAGUGUGAUAGAUAAACUUUGUGAAAAGUUCGGCUUCAAGCAAAGAAAGUCUUCAAUGUACAACGCUGCCGCCAAUGGACUCGCCGAGGCCUUCAACAAGACUUUAUGUAAUUUGCUGAAGAAAGUGAUCGCCAAGUCAAAACGUGAUUGGCACGAGAAGAUGGGAGAAGCUUUAGGGGCUUAUAGAACAACGUAUAGAACACCUACUCAAGCCACUCCAUAUGCUUUGGUGUACGGUGUGGAAGCAGUCUUGCCUCUUGAAAAACAAAUUCCAUCAUUGAGGAUAGCUAUACAAGAAGAACUCACUCAAGAAGAAAAUGCCCGUUUGCGUCUUGCAGAAUUGGAAGCUCUUGACGAGAAAAGAUUAGAGGCACAACAAAGUAUUGAAUGCUACCAAGCUCGUCUUUCUAGGGCGAUUAACAAGAAGGUGCGGCCAAGAUCGUUUCAAGUUGGAGAUUUGGUACUUGCCGUAAGGAGGCCCAUCAUCGUCACUCACAAAACGGGGAAUAAAUUUACUUCAAAGUGGGAUGGUCCUUAUGUCGUCAAAGUAGCAUACACAAAUGGAGCGUACAAGUUGGUUGCCGAAGAUGGUUUAAGAAUUGGCCCGAUAAAUGGAAAGUUCUUGAAGCGGUACUACGCAUGA